AUGUCAACAGCAACGACCGAUAGAGCCAACUAUGAAACAUACACUUAUUAUGAUUUGGUUACAACGACUUUACCACCUAUAAGUUUGUAUGCAUGUCAAAAUGAAACAUUAUCAUCUUCAGAUGAAAUCGAAAAUCGAAUCAAUAUUGUUGUACCAUACUUGGUGAUACUAGGUAUAAUUGGUAAUGGGUUGUCAAUAUUAACAUUUUCUCAACGGAAAUUACGAACCUUGUCGUGCGGCUGUUAUUUACUGUUGCUUGCUAUAUCGGAUACAAUAGCUUUAUUAAUUAUAUCUCGACCAUAUUUUUUUAAACAGUUUGGCGUUGAACAUCAUUUAAAUUCAAGUAUUUUAUGUGGUUUACAUUUAUUUCUAACAAAACUUUUCGAUGAAUUAACACCAUGGUUAUUAGUAUUUGUUGCUUGUAAUCGUCUUGUAUUGUCACGUUAUCCUCGUAAUCAUCAUUGUUGUCAAACAUCAAAUUCAGCAUUAUGGAGUACAUUCUUCUUAUUAAUUAUAAUUAUAUUGCUUAACGUUCAUCUGUUAUUUGGCAUUGGCGUUGGCUAUUCUCAAUUUCAACCAUGUAAAGCAGUUUGUGGUCCAUUAACAAAAUCCCCAAUUUACUUAUUUUUCUAUAAAAAUGUCAGCCCAAUAAUUGAUUUCCUUUUUAGUUUAAUUAUACCAUUUUGCAUUGUAUUUAUUGCAAAUAUAUUUAUAUUAAGUAAUGUACGACGUGCUAAACGACGUGUUCUACGUGUUCGUCGUCGUAAAAGAGCUAACCGUAAUGCUCGUUUAAGCAUUGUUUUACUUGCUGAUCUUAUUACAUUUCUCAUUGUGAGCUUACCGGUUUUAUUAGUUGAAUGUAUAUAUCGAUUUACACGUGCCAUUGAAGGCAACGAUCAAUUCAAUGAAUAUCUAUGGAUAGCAUGGUUAAUAGCGAGCAAAAUAUUCUACUUAAAUUAUUCAUUAUCAUUCUAUUUUUAUGUAUUAACGUCAUCUUAUUUUCGCCAUCAUUUUUUUCUUGCUAUACGUUGUAAAAAAUUCAGUGGAACUUUUUUCAAAACAACUAAAGGGAGAAAACAUCAACAAAUUUAUCAAACAACUGAUAUUAUGUUAACCUAUCGUCCUAGUCAUACAUCAGUAUCAUCGAAAAUAAACAGUAAAACAUUUGACUUUAAUUUUUUAUAUGAACCCUAUCCACAACAACAACAACAACAACAACAAGAAACAACAAUACAUGUAUCAACAAGUAUAAGUGAAUCAAUAACAUCACCCGAAAACCAACAAACCCCUACUGUUUUAUCUCAUAUUUAA